AUGACUACAGACGGACAGCGCGAGAGCAUGCAACAAUCGCAUGAUGAAAAAAUGAGCAUUGAUUCAGAUAUGGACGAUGAGGAAGUGGAAACAUAUAUUAUUGCAAGAAGUGAUGCGUACAACGAGAGCAAAGAGGAAGAUAAAUCUGCAUCAAGUAGCAAGCAAGUUCCUUUGACUGUUCAUAAUUGCUAUUCGUACGAUAUCGUUCCAGUGGGAAAUGCAAUCCAUCUUACAGGUGUCAACUGUCUUGCUGCAACCAAGGACUUUAGAUGGAUUUUUUCAGGUUCUGACGACGGAUUCAUUCGAAAGUUUGAUUGCCAACAGUCAGUGAAUGGUGACGCCAUGCUAACUCAAAACCAGCGGCAUGGAUUUGUCGAUAGUAUUCAAAAGGCUGGUGUUUUGAUUUCGGCAUGGGAGAAUGAAGACAGGCUAGCAGGUCCAAGACACGAGCAUUCUCAUUCAAACUCGCAAGCAAGAACAUCACCCGUGUUUAGUCUAGAUGUUCAUUCUGAGGGAGUCUGGUGCAUUUCUGGUUUAGAUAAUGGCCAUAUGAAUCUAUGGACAGUGCGUCAUGACGAAGGAACAUGUGCUCAUGUAUUUAAUGCACACAGCAGCACCGUGUCAGUGAUCCGAAUUAAUGGGACAGAACAAUCAGUUUUAAGUGGAUCAUGGGAUAAAACAGUCAAGCUCUGGAGUCUUGAAACAGGAACCAUGAUACACGAAUUCAAAGGUCCAACAUCACAAAUCACAUCAGCUGCCUAUCAGCCUAUAUCUGCCAAACUAUCCAACUCCAAAGCCUCUGUAAAUGAUGCACUGGCUUUGGUCACAAGCUUUGAUGGCACUAUAUAUUUAUACGAUCACAGGAUCUCAGGUGGUCUUGCCAAGAAAUUGCCCAACAACUUGGGUUCCUCUCCGCCUUGGACAUUUUCGGCAUGUUGGAGUGUAGAUGGGUCUAAAAUAUACUGUGGUCGUCGAAACGGAAUUGUGGACGAAUUUGAUGUUGCUGAAGGUGCACUGCUUAGAUCGAUUCGUAUGCCACGCGAUUCCGGGCCAGUUUAUCUAGUCAAAAGUCUUCCAAACGGUCGUAGCUUGAUUUGUGCAUCGUAUGAUAAUAUCCGCUUAUGGGAUUUACAGCACGAACCCGAAGUUGCUCCAGGUGGUUCGGCUAGUGCUCCUGAAGCAGUUCAAAAUGAACCCGAUGUCGAUACCUUGGGAGAUGAUUCUGCUUCGCGGUAUCCUUUAUUUUCUGGAGAUUUUCUGGACGGAGAUCCGUUUGCGCAAGUGUUUAAACUCCAACAACCUCCGCCUGUUACUCGACCCCUCACCACUGCUGAUCGCCAUGAAAAAAAGUCCAAUAAGCUGUUAAGCAAACUUAUUGCAUUGACAGAACAGGACUUGUCUGUACCUUUUACCAUUAUUCCUGGACAUCAUGGUGGUGUUGUUUCGUCGCUUCUUGUGGAUGAGUCGUCGCGGCUUAUGGUUGCUGGGUCUGGCACACGUGGAUGGGAGGGCACAUCAACCAACACCUGUCUGUUUUAUACAGUUGAUCCUACAUCGAUGCCGUAG